UGUAUAUGUAAGUGUGACUCCAGUACAGGCCUUUUAAAUAUGGGAAUACAUAGUGAAAACUGCAUCUAGAUAUUGAUCUGCAUUACACCAACAAUGUAACACAGUUCCUCUCAAUGUGAAAAAAGAAGACUUUUAAAAUCUCCUGUCUUCUCACGUUUACCAUUUAUGACAGAAACUAUCUUCCUCAAACCUAUGUCACAUUAGGUCAACCAGACCAGAGCUUGUUGUGUUACACGCAUCACUUUCCACCCACUCCGACGUCGUCACCCCAUAUAUGGUAGGAGGGGGUGUUCUCGGUGGGUGUCCGUGAUGCUGCUUCCUGUCUCCAUUGCAUAUCAGAAAUUCCCCUUUGCCAGCCCACAGCAGUUUUGAGAGUUGCUGUAGGCUGUUUCAGUUUAGUCAGUCUGCCUCUGCUCUAGUGGAUGGAUGCUACUAGCGUGUGUUGCGACUUUGCCUAGAAUCUCAUAGGAUAAAGAGUAAAAACAACUAGAUGUAUUCCACAGUGGUAUCCUAAGCAUUCCAAAGAACCUGUAUUUGUUGCCGUCUGAAGAUUUACCCAUGAAGGUGUUGAGCAAUCACGUGUCUAAAAGUCUUUCUGAGGGUGGCAUGGACUCAUUCAUCAUGUUGCCUUCAACAGGAGAUGUGACCGAACACGUGUUCCUUGUACAGUCAAGCAAAACAACUCCUGGAAACACUUCUCCUACUGAAAAUAUCAAUCAAAAGCGAUGGCGGAAUGUGUUCAGGAGGAUUCAGAAGAAACCCAAGUCAUCUUUGUUUGGACAGCCUCUUUCCCAUGUCUUUCUUGAUGAAAUUACACUUCCAAAGCCUAUAACAGAGAUCCUGGUGCUUCUGUGUAAGAAUGGACCAUGCAUAGAGGGAGUCUUCAGGAGAGCAGGGAAUGCCCGCAUCAUAAGGGAGACCAAGGAGAAGCUGAACACUGGAGUAGAAGUGGACUUUAGUGACAUGUCAGUGUUGCUGCUGGCUGCCCUUUUCAAGGACUUUCUAAGAGAAAUCCCUGGUGGUUUACUGAUGGAGGAGCUAUAUCAAUCCUGGAUGACAGCAAUGGCAACCGACGGUAUUGAUGAGAGAUGCAGAGCGCUGAAAAAGGUUAUUGAAGAGCUACCAGAACAGAACAUUGUCCUUCUGAAGCACCUAGUCUUCAUGCUUGAUCACAUAAGCCAGAAUGCAGAACAAAACAAAAUGAACCCCAGGAAUUUAGCUGUCUGCAUUGCGCCCAACCUUCUCCAAAUUCACCAGGUUGAAGCAGUUGAAAAGGUCACAGACCUCACAGAGUUUCUCAUUGACAAUUACCAUGAAGUGUUUGGUGAGAGGAUUCAGUACCUUCUUGGUGAUUCAGAUGAGGAAGAACUAAAUGACUCCCAAGAUUCCCUGUGUCCACACGACUCUGCUUAUGAAACUGAUGCUGAUGGAGAAAAGGGCAGCUGUGUUCACCUGGUGUCCUCUGCUGACGGAAAAUUACAAUACAGUCUGAUCUCAGGAACCUCCACCCCAGCAAAGGAAACUUUCAACACCUUCACAAAGCCCUUCAUCCGGAGAAGCUCAGAGCCAGCCAUCACACUCCCCCAGAGUGUGAGAAUCCAGCCCACUCUCACCAGAAGUCACACCGACUUUCUGCUGAAGACAGAGGGCGACAGAUGCCACUGUCAGAGCAUGCUGUUGAGGAAGCAGAUCUCAAAUGAGUGCAUCGUAGAGAAGGGCUGGAGAUCACUGGACUGCAGCCUGGCACAUGGACAGCACCGCGUCCACUUUGCAUCCGGAGGCUGCCAUUGCUCUUCCUCCUGCUCCCUGGAAAGUGCCUUCUCCAGCACGUCCGAGAGCUCCAUCUUCGCCAGCUCACCCCCAGUCUCACCAUCCUGUCAGAGGAGGAGCCUCCCGUGUGCACUAGCCCCUGUCCCUGUCCCUUCCUCCAGCCAACCCCAGGAGCAUCCAGAACGUCGGGAGCCCACCCUCCAGAGGCGUUCCCAGUCACUGCGCUACGCAGCCACCCACAACCGCACCGCCCUGAGGAGGGGAGGCUCCAGCCGCUUGGCAAGAGACAGGAAGACCUCGCUCCAGACUAGCGCCCUCCCAGAGGACACUGAGGUCUUGUGCAGGCCACUGGCUCUCUCCAGCGCUGAAGUGUUCCAACAGGUGGACAGCAGGAUUCCCAGCCCGCCACCCUCCUACCAAGAGGCAACCCAGAGCACUUCUCCUGCAUGCCACUCAAUGACAGUACAGGAAGCGUGGUGUCAGAAACACCCAGGCCUCAAUACACACCCCACAGACCAAUCACACACCCUCCACAAAGACACUCUCGCAAAUAAUGUUACAAAUGGACCUGACAGACCCCUACCUGCUAUGCCUGUGGCUGUGUGUCGGACAAGGUCCAUAUCAGAGUCUGUUUACAAAGCUCCAGCAAAGCGGGUGGUGCGCAGAUGUAGCCAGCCUGUGUUUGAGGAACUGAUACAUGCACGAGAAUCAUACGUGUGAGAUGGUUCACCUUCACACAAAGACUAUGACCACCUGUAAAUGAAAGGACUGUAUUAAAAUGCUGCCUGCAUUACUGUAUACCCAGCAUCUAAUGAGUGACCAAAAUGCUAUGCAUUAAAAUGUAUAUAUCAUGAUGUAACAAUGAAAAUACUCAUGACAUUAAACAUCUCAAGAU